AUGGACUCCAGAUGCGACCUCAUGAACUUUGGGGGGCGAAACCUGGUCUUAGAGGGUAGAGUUCGGCCAUAUUUGAGGAGAGGUCCCGUGCCUUUGCCCAUUUUGCGGGCUCCUCUAGUUUACGAAUUUAGCUCAAAUGCGGCUGACACACCACAGCUCCUCUCCGUUCCAUAUGCUCCGGCACCCCAGAAAAGAACACAAUUUCAUGAGACACGAGCGACUUCUGCAAAAUACACUCAGACAUAUGACCGGGACAAUCAGGCAAACAGACUGCUCCGAGAUUUGACGGUCAAAGAUUUCCCACACGGCCUUCAACGGCAAACAGAUCAGGCCGACCCGCUGGUAGUCAACGGAUGGUUUACUUCCUCCCUCCUGCGCGCAAACCUACUUUACUCUUCGUUAUUACUCACCACCCGUUCCCUUGGAAAGUAG